UUUUCAAUUUUUCGCCAUUGGAUUUUUUAAGUAGUAAUUAAUAUUAUUUAAAUCUGGAUCAGUUGCUCGGUACGUUUCGCUUGUAUUUUUAUUAUUAUUAUUUUGUUUUCAUUGAAUAAUCGUCGCGUAAUAGUUAUGCGUACUGCGUCAGUUGAUUUCUCUUUAAUUAAGUUCCACCGCAUAACAUUCACGAGCAGACGACUUAUUUGUCAACUGCCACAAUGUCAGAUUCAGUUGGUUGGUGCUUAAUCGAAAGCGAUCCCGGCGUGUUUACGGAACUAAUUCGUGAACUUGGUGUGACCGGUGCUCAAGUUGAAGAAUUAUGGACAUUGGACAGUAGUUUGUUUGAAGCAAUCAAGCCUGUUCACGGUUUAAUAUUUCUCUUCCGGUGGAUAGGAGAAGACCAACCUGAUGGACAAAUUGUCAGGGAUUCAAGAAUUGAAAGGUUAUUCUUUGCUAAACAGGUUAUUAAUAAUGCUUGUGCUACACAAGCUAUAUUAAGUGUAUUAUUCAACUGUCGUCAUCCAGAUAUUGAGCUUGGCACUACUUUAAGUGAAUUUAAAGAGUUUUCUCAAAAGUUUGAUGCUAAUAUGAAAGGUUUGGCCUUAAGUAAUUCACAAAAAAUUCGCUCUGUGCAUAAUUCUUUUGGAAGAAGCAAUUCUAUUUUUGAAUUUGAUGAUACUGCUAAGCCAAAAUCUAAAGAUGAUGAGGCUUAUCAUUUUGUUGCUAUUGUGCCUAUUGAUGGUCGACUUUAUGAGUUGGAUGGAUUGAAAGAAGGUCCAAUUGAUUUAGGAUUAAUAAAACCCAAUACAGAUUGGGUUGAAGCAGCAAAACCAUUUAUUGAAAAAAGAAUAAAUAAAUAUAAGGAAGGAGAAGUUCAUUUCAAUUUAAUGGCAGUAGUAUCCGAUAGGAAAUUAAUUUUGGAACAACGACUAUUGAGUUUAAAAACAGAAGAAUUGGAUGAAGCAACCAAAAUUUCUGAAGAAACUAACAUCCGUAUGAAAAUUGCUGAUGAAGAAGACAAAAUGAAACGAUACAAAAUUGAAAAUGCUCGGCGUAAACAUAAUUAUUUGCCAUUAAUUGUGGAAAUUUUGAAACUGUUAGCUAAAGAUGGAAAGUUGGUACCAUUGUACGAAAGAGCUAAAGCAAAAACUUUAGAGAAAGAAAAACAAAAAAUUGGCAAAGCUUAGUCAAAAUUUAAUCAUGGUCCCAUGAAAACCUCACUAGAUUAAAACAAAACUUUCUAAAGUGUAUUUUCGUGAUUAAGACUAAUUGAUAUUAAAAAGUGAUACACUUACCUGUAA